GAACAUCUCUGCCUUUCCUGGUUGUCAUGGAAACAGUCUAAUCAGCAAUCAGACAGCAGCUUCUUGUGAAAUUUAAUGUGAGUUUCAGUUCCACCUCGUCCUGUACGCUGAUAUACACAGAGAGACAGACGGGUAGAGAGAGAGACAGACGGGUAGAGAGACAGGGAGACGGUCUACCUGGACGUUAUGGAUCACCUGUUGAUGCUGCUGUUGCUGUGGAGCUCAGGACUCCAGGCUAAAGGAAAACACACAUUAAAAGAAACUUUCAGGUUGGUGGGAGGAGCCAGUCGCUGUGCAGGAACACUGGAGAUGAAACAUGAAGGAGACUGGAGACCAGUAGAUGACGAGGACAUGAUACCAAGAAGUCAGUCUUACAGGAUGUUGAACAAAGCAGUUGUUGCCUGUAGAGAUCUGGACUGUGGCUCUGCUGUUUCUGUCACACAGAGAGAAGAGUCCUCAAAGAGACCUGUGUGGUGGAUCUACUCUCACUGUGUUCAGUCUAGAUCUAUUCAGGAAAAUUGUGUAAUAUCCGACUCCUCUUCUUUCACCCUGGAUGUCACCUGCUCAGACUUUGUCAGGCUGGUGAAUGGGAUCAGUCGGUGUUCAGGUAGACUGGAGGUGAGGUCUAACCAGUCGUGGUCCUCAGUUUGUGAAGAGGACCUUGACCAGCAGGAUGCAGAGGUGGUCUGUAGGGAGCUUGGCUGUGGGGCUCCUUCAGUCCUCCAGGGGGCGCUCUAUGGAGAAGUGGAGGAUCCAAUGUGGACCAAAGAGUUCCAGUGUGGAGGCCAUGAGUCUGCUCUCCUGGACUGUAGAAGUUCAGAGAGAAUCACCUGCUCACCUGGCAGAGCUGUUGGACUCACCUGCUCAGAACCUGUCAGGUUGGUGGGAGGAGCCAGUCGCUGUGCAGGAACACUGGAGAUGAAACCUCAAGGAGACUGGAGACCAGUAGAUGACUUUUACUGGAGACCAGUAGAUGGUUCUGACUGGACCCUGAAGGAAGCAGCUGUUGCCUGUAGAGAUCUGGACUGUGGUUCUGCUGUUAAUAUGAGACGGAGAGUAGAGUCCUCAAAGAGAUCUGUCUGGAGGAUCUACUCUCACUGUGUUCAGUCUGGAUCUGCUCUGAGAGAGUGUUUAACAUCACGUUCCUCUUCCUCCACCCUGAAGCUCACCUGCUCAGACCUGCUGCUUCAGCCAAUCAUCUCUGUGUCCUCCUCCAUGUACGGGGUCUCCGAGGCCCAGCAGCAGGGGGCUCAGGUGCUCAGAGGCUCCACCUUCACCAUUUCCUGCUCCAUCCAGCCACAGUACCCAGGAGGCUCCUUCCAGCUCAACUUCACCUCCUCCAACUCAUCACACCACUACACCCAGCCAGCUGUCAAUCACUCUGCCCACUUCUUGUUUCCUGCUGCAGAGCCCGCCCACCAAGGAAGCUACAGCUGUGUUUAUCACGUCUAUGUUUUUUCUCAUAACUUCUCCUCUGAGAGCCGUCUGCUCUCUUUCACUGUCCCAGAUCCAACACCUCUCAUCAUCAGAGCUGUGGUGCUGCCGCUGACUCUGCUGCUGCUGAACAGCGCCCUCUACUGCUACUGCAAGGCCACCAGGGGGCAGAAGCUGGGCAGACGGGAGGACAUGGAGCUGGACUCUUAUGACCUGGGUGUUCCUGCAGCUGCAGACGAAGGAGCUCGUGGAGCAGAGUAGCUCCUCCAAGGAGCUCCAUCCAUCCAGGAGGAUUCAUAGCACACGACCUGCAGCAGCUCCCUUUAAUACGCAUGUUCCCUUUAAACAAGAAGGACCAUUACAUCACGUCCUCACAGCCUCAAGGUCUCUUCAGACCUUCUGACUUCCUGUCUGAGGCUCUCAGCUCCAAGCCCAUUGGUUCUUGCUGAAGACGAGAGCCUUGAAGACCUCGUGGCCUACUUCAGGAUUUCUUGUUUUUCAUAUCAUAGGGAUUUUAAUUAUUUUAUCUGAAUUUUUCUUGUUCUCGUACUUUAUGAAGUGACCACAUUUUUAAACUAUGGGAUUUUAUCUUUUUUAAAUGUGUAUAAUUUAGGCUAAGAAUGUUGUUUUUAAGGAUUUUGCUUAUUUUCAUUAUUCAGAAGUUGGGAUAUUUCAUAAAAAUGCUGUCAUUAAAAUGUUUGCUUAUUUCAUAAAAAUA